CCCCUCGUGGAGCUUAGGGCGGCGUACGAGGACCGGAGCGCGGUGCACUUGGUGAUGGAGGCCUGCGAGGGGGGAGAGCUCUUCGAGAGGAUCAUCGAGAGGAAGUUCUACUCGGAGAAGAGGGCGGCGGGGAUUUGUAGGGAGAUUGUGACGGUGGUUAGGGACUGUCAUUGCUUGGGGGUGAUGCAUCGGGAUCUGAAGCCGGAGAAUUUCUUGUUCCUGAGCAAGGAGGAGGAUUCGCCGUUGAAGGCGACGGACUUCGGGCUGUCCACUUUCUUUAAGCCUGGAGAUUUAUUUAAAGAGCUUGUGGGUAGCGCAUAUUAUGUAGCACCUGAAGUAUUGCGACGACUAUAUGGUCCUGAGGCUGAUAUUUGGAGUGCUGGAGUGAUACUUUACAUCCUUCUGACUGGUGUACCUCCAUUCUGGGCAGAUAACGAGAAGGGCAUAUUUGAGGCUAUAUUACGUGGUAAUAUCGAUUACACAUCUGAUCCUUGGCCCUCAAUAUCAAGCAGCGCAAAAGAUUUAGUUAAUAAAAUGCUGCAGGCAGAUCCAACAAAACGUCUUUCUGCUGUUGAAAUCUUGAAACAUCCAUGGAUUAGGGAAGAUGGGGAUGCAUCUGAUGAGCCGAUGGACAUCACAGUUAUAGGAAGAAUGAGAAAGUUCAGAGCGAUGAACAAGCUUAAGAAAGUAGCCUUGAAGGUGAUUGCAGAGAAUCUUUCAGAAGAAGAAAUCAUUGGUUUAAAAGAGAUGUUCAAAUCUAUGGAUACUGAUGGCAACGGCACAAUAACCUUUGACGAACUGAAAGCUGGUCUGUACAAAUGGGGUACCAAGCUUUCUGAUUCUGAAGUGAGGCAGUUGCUGGAGUCGGCUGAUGUGGAUGGCAAUGGCACCAUUGAUUAUAUUGAAUUUAUAACAGCAACAAUGCAUAUGAACAGAAUGGAAAGAGAGGAUCGUUUAUAUAAGGCAUUUUUGUAUUUCGACAAGGAUAACAGCGGGUAUGUCACAAUGGAUGAACUGAAACAAGUUCUGGAACAAUAUAAUAUGAGGGAUGAACAAAAGAUAAAGGAGAUAAUUUCAGAAGUUGAUGUUGAUCAUGAUGGAAAAAUUAACUAUGACGAGUUUGUAGCCAUGAUGAGAAAAAACAACCAAGAGACACAGAUGGUUCUCAACCAGACAAUUGAAGAACACUUACGCUAG